UCACGGUGUCACGCUGCGAACUUCUGGUGGCACGUCCUUUCCUUCAGAUUGCGGCCACCCCAUUUUACACGUACUUUUAAAAUAGGGAGUGGGGGGGGGGGAAAAAAAGUAUUCUGGAGGUGGCGCUUUCAUCAUUUCCAGUUUAUCAGUUCAGCUUCUCGUUUGUCAGUUUUAUUGGAAAUUUUAACUACCUGUAAAAUCUAAAGAUGGCUGUUAGUGUCACGCCGAUUCGGGACACAAAAUGGCUAACGCUGGAAGUGUGUAGGGAGUUCCAAAGGGGGACUUGCUCACGACCAGACACGGAAUGUAAAUUUGCACACCCAUCGAAAAGCUGCCAAGUUGAAAACGGACGCGUAAUCGCCUGCUUUGAUUCAUUGAAAGGUCGGUGUUCGAGGGAAAACUGCAAAUACCUUCACCCACCGCCACACUUAAAAACGCAGCUGGAGAUCAAUGGCCGCAAUAACCUGAUCCAGCAGAAGAACAUGGCCAUGCUGGCCCAGCAGAUGCAGCUCGCCAACGCCAUGAUGCCGGGGGCCCCGCUGCAGCCCGUGCCGAUGUUUUCCGUCGCACCCAGCUUAGCCACCAAUGCCUCGGCCACCUUCAACCCCUACCUGGGCCCCGUCUCACCAGGGCUGGUGCCAGCGGAGAUCCUGCCCACCGCCCCCAUGCUGGUGACGGGCAACCCCGGCGUCCCGGUGCCUGCCGCUGCUGCGGCCGCCGCCAGAGCCGAGAUGAGGACAGACAGGCUGGAGGUAUGUCGAGAGUACCAGCGUGGCAACUGCAAUAGGGGAGAGAACGACUGCCGGUUCGCACACCCCGCCGACAGCGCCAUGAUCGACACCAACGACAACACGGUCACUGUCUGCAUGGAUUACAUCAAAGGGAGAUGCUCACGGGAAAAGUGCAAAUAUUUUCACCCUCCUGCACACCUGCAAGCCAAAAUCAAGGCUGCCCAGUACCAGGUUAACCAAGCUGCAGCUGCCCAGGCAGCAGCAACUGCAA